AUGGCGACCGAAACUGAACUAUCAAAGCAGUGUGUCCCCAUCAACAAGAUACCAAAACACUCUGUUGAUUGGGUGAUGCGAGUAUUAGUUAUUCGCAAGGGUUCUGUAAUUUCGUACAGCAAUACUCGCCAUGAAGGGACUUUCCAAACUGUAAUAUUAGUGGACGAUGAGGGGACAAAGUUGCAAGCAACGCUAUUUAACAAGCAUAUCGACACAUGGAAAGACUUCUUGAAGACAAAUAAGACGUACUACAUUGCUAACGGGUUGUUGGAUCGGGUUAAUCCCAACUACACUUCCGUGCACAAAGAGAUUGAACUGACCAUUACAGAUAACACAAUCAUAAGGGAGAGCGACCAUGUUGUUUCAACACACAACUUCUCUAAUGGUUUUGUAUCUUUGGAACAGGCAGAGAAAUUGCCUAAUGGUGCCAUAUUUGGUAACUCUUCAUACGACUUGUUAAUAAUUUUUGUCAAUUACAUCAUACAGAUCACUAAUUUAUAUAUCCGCUAUUCAGACUUGCUUUGCGUGUUAGUUACGGUGAAUCCCAUCAUUGAAAAAGGCGAUAGCAAAAGACGCGAAAUUGUUGUUACAAAUGAACUCAUGGACUGUACGACUGUUACUCUGUGGGGAGAUUUUGCACUAAACGACGGCGCCUUUCUUGAAAAGCUUAAAGAUGACCAACCUAUUCUAGGCUUAUGUGACGUGCGAGUCUCAAUCUAUAAAGGGAUUUUUGGGAUAUCAACUCUUCCCGUGAGCAGUGUGUUGAUCAAUCCAAUCUUUCAAAAAGCACUAGAUCUUCGCGCAUGGCGUGAAGUCAUAAAGGCCGAAAAGAAAGCUAUCACAACCACACCAAGUAAGGUAAUGAGAAAAGCCACAGAAGUGACAUUACCCAAUAUUAUGGAUGGCACGCUUGCUGAUACACAGGGAGCUUUAUACAAGUUCAAAGCCAAAAUUAUAGACAUACUCAAUACAGAUGAACCAUGGUACUCGUCCUGCAAAAAGUGCCACAAGAAAGUGCAAGUUAAACAACAUACAACGACAUGUCCCAAUUGCAACAUCCAGAAUGUGGAGUAUGAAAUGAGAUACUACUUACGGCUUGAAGUUUGUGCUGGAGAACAACGUGCUCGGGUUAUACUAUUUGAUGCGGCACAAAUGUUAGUAGGUUGCAAUGUCGAAGAGUACAUCAAAACAACCUCGGAAAAUAAGGAAGAAUGUAUGUACUACCACAGAUUGGUGUUGAUUAAAGACAAGGAAUUCAACUUCCUUGUCCGCAUCGAUAUGAAUAAUUCAAACCCGCGAAGGAGUCUAAUUGCUCAGGAAAUACAUGCCAUUGAAGAUGAAGCGGUAAUUAUAAUGUCAGAUGAAUCAAAAUCACUAACACCACCCACAAACAGGGGCAAGAAAUCCACUGCGUUAGAAAGACAUGUUCUUGAAGAUAAAUCACCAAUCAUAGUGGAAGAACCACAAAAUGUGAGGCCGCGAAGGAAGAGGUCUAAGAAAUCCAAUGCGCUACAUGUCCUUGAAGAUGAAGCACCAAACAUAGUGGCGGAAGUACAAUCCUUGGCCCCCGACGAAGUUGGAGAGGACUUAUACAAAUUAUUUACAGAUGAGUCCAAAGAAGCCAUCCUAUUUCGGAAACAUAUUCGAGCGUAUAAUAGCAUCUUUGCUUUUACAUCAUUUGGAGUACAACUCAACAAGAACUGGCAUCUUCAAGGAAAGGCAUUUACAGCUUUAAGGCGCAAGGACAAAUCUAUCACGACUACCAUCAUUGAUCCCGAAGGAUGA